CCCUCUCUCUCUCUCUCUCCUGUCCAUUGCAGUCUUCUGAUUUGAUUCAGUAUUUCACCAUGGCUUGUCUUCUUCUAAUUCUGAUCCUCUUGCUGCUUUCAUGCAUCCUGAAACUCACUCUCUCAAUGAUAUGGGUUCCUCUAAGAAUCCAAGCUCAUUUCAAGAAACAAGGCAUAAAUGGCCCUAAAUACAGGUUCAUCUUCGGCAACUCGGCAGAGAUCCGCCGUUUAUUUGCUGCUGCAGCAGAGUCGAAGUCAACAUGUAUCAGCCAUGAUGUUCUUCACCGUGUGGCUCCAUUGUACUACGAGUGGUCACGCAAGUACGGGAAGACUUUCCUCUACUGGUUUGGAUCCAAGCCCAGAUUGGCCAUGUCCGAUCCAGAUAUGAUUAAGGAGAUUCUAAUGAAUACGGGUGGGUCAUUUGAGAAGAUUCCGUUUAACCCGCAAUCUAAAGUUCUGUUUGGAGGAGGGCUUGUUGGGCUUGAUGGUGAUAAAUGGGCUCUACAUAGGAGGAUCACAAACCAAGCUUUUAACAUGGAGCGAGUUAAGGGUUGGGUGCCAGAAAUUGCGGGAAGCAUUGCCAAGAUGCUAGAGAAAUGGGAGGGAAUAAGAGGAGGGAGAGAUGAGUUUGAGAUGGAUGUGCAUAAAGAACUUCAUGACCUCUCAGCAGAUAUUAUAUCCAGAACUGCUUUUGGAAGCAGUUAUGAAGAAGGGAAGCGCAUAUUUACAUUACAGGAACAACAAAUGCAUUUAGUUUCUCAGGCUCUGAGAAGUGUCUACAUCCCAGGGUUCAGGUUCGUGCCUACUAAGAAGAACAGAGAGAGGAGGAGACUAGAGAAUGAAACUCGUGAAGCGAUAAGAAUGCUGAUAAAGAAUAACAGCAGAGCAAGAGAAAAUUCAAUGAAUCUACUUAGUUCACUCAUGUCUUCAUAUAAAAAUCAGGAAGGGAAGGAAGAUACAUUAGGGGUAGAGGAGAUUAUAGAUGAAUGCAAGACCUUCUAUUUUGCAGGAAAGGAAACUACUGCCAACCUUUUGACUUGGUCGCUUAUCCUCUUAGCAUUACAUCAAGAAUGGCAAAACAAAGCAAGGGAAGAAGUGUUUUCUGUCUGUGGAGGGAAUGAUCUUCCAGUGGCAGAUAAUUUAAACGAUCUCAAGAUUGUUAACUUGAUACUCAAUGAAACACUUCGGCUCUACCCUCCAGCUACUAUGUUGAUGAGACAAGCAUCUAAAAAGGUUAAGCUUGGGACCCUGGACAUUCCUGCCGGCACUCAAUUCUAUUUAUCCUUGACUGCUGUCCAUCAUGAUACUGAUAUAUGGGGAGAAGAUAGCAGUGAAUUUAAUCCGUUGAGAUUUAAUGAGUCUCGAAAUCACUUGGCUUCAUUUUUCCCAUUUGGGAUAGGCCCCAGAAUUUGUGUUGGUCAAAAUUUAGCCAUUGUUGAGGCAAAAAUUGUCCUAGCCAUGCUCAUCAAACAUUACUCUUUCGUAGUAUCCCCAACCUAUGUUCACGCUCCAAUGCUCUUUAUAAGCUUGCAGCCUCAAUAUGGUGCACAGAUCCUUUUCCGCAGGAUUUCCAAUUGAAGGUUUAGUCUUUGCUCAAUUUUACAUGGAUCUGGAAUAUGCCAUUACACAUCAAGAGCUAUCGUAAGAAAAAGAAGUGGAGGUAGAUGCCCCUGAAACAUGCCAAAACUCCUGACAGUUAGCAUAUAAUCAACUUCAAGAAAAAAGUGAGCAUGUUUCAUCACUCUUCUACAUAUACUAUGCCACCCUUGUUCCCACGCACUCUUUCAAACUCUCCAUGACAAGGACAACUCUGUUAUUACACUGUUUCAAUCUAGUGUUUUGUAUCUAUGUAAACAGUAACAACGACUCUAAUCCCUUUUAUUAUAUUGUAAAAUAUAUGUAUAAUGUGAUGAAUGUGCUGAGUAGUAAA